UGCCAAACGACGACGACCACAACUUCGACCACGACCUCCGGAUUCCGAUACACCUUUGUUGCCCGCCAUCUUUUGUAUCAUAGAGGCGUCUGGAGUUGUGUUCCGGCCUGCGAGCCUGUCAGUUCUUCUUGUCCGUUGUCUGCUUCGAGUUCCUUCACGACCUUAUGACCUCCUCACGAUCUUCUGCGAUACCCCUAAUCUUAUUCGAGUACCGAAGCGGAGAAUUGACGCCUUCGUCUUGUACAUAACGACCGUUGAAGCUGGUACACAACGUCCCGAGCUGGUGUAGCACCACAGAGCAACGAUGAAUCCUCCACCUCCGCCUCCACACGGAGAGCAACCAAAAGGCUCAGGCCUACCCCCAGGGAAAUACGAUAUCUUUAUAAUACCUCCACAUUCUUCCGGCUCGGGCUUCUUAUACCUGCCUUCGCUGAAACCCAACGUCAAUAGCUUCGCUGCAGGCUUUGCCUCAGCUCUUAUACUCGUUGUGAUCGGCUCUGCAUUGGCACCUGCAGCUCAAGCAUGGUGGAAUAGUGUAAAGGGAUCCGGGGGGGUGGGCAUGUUGAUGCUGAUUGUGGCAAUUGGAGUUGGUGCUUGGGCAUUGGGACGAAUACAGUCAGACGGCGGCCCCGGACCAGGGGGAGGCGCCCAAAACUACAGCGCUGGCCCACCACCAAACGGGCACGCAGAUGGACACACAAACUCACAAUCCAACGGGUAUGCGAACGGCUCUGCACCUGGGGCUGGACCACAACCUUCGACAUCCGGCGGUGGCUCUACCGCAGGACCAAAACCCUCCUGGCAACGAGCAAAUCCACCCCCACCUGGUGCAACAGGCGCCAGUUCGAAUGCCAAUAGCGGAGCAAGGGGCGCAUGGGAAAGAGCCCGAGAAGAAACCAAACGAAAAGAGGAAGAACGAAAAAAGGCAGAAACCGAGAGGAAACGAAAGGAAGACCUCGAAAAACGACUCAAAGAAGCCAGAGAAAAGGAGGCUCGCGAACGAGAAGCUCGAGAAAUGAAGCAAAAGGAAGACGAGGCUAAGCGGAAAGAGGACGAGGCUCGAGAAAAGAAGAGAAAGGAGGAUGAGGUAAAGAAGAGAAGGGAGGAUGAAGCAAAGAAGAGAAGGGAGGAUGAAGCAAAGAAGAGAAGGGAGGACGAGGCAAAGAAGAGAAAGGAAGAUGAGGCAAAGAGAAAGGAAGAUGAGGCAAAGAGAAAGGAAGACGAGGCAAAGAGAAAGGAAGACGAGGCAAAGAGAAAGCUAGAGGCAGACUCACAGCCAAGGGGAAGUACGUACGCGUAUUCUGCGGUUGGCGAGAAGACAAACCCCUGGCCAAGAGGCCGGCCUCCAUCUCCUGCAACCACUCGUUCAACUCAACCCUCUCCUACUAAGAGACCCCCCCCCGCUCCAUCAGCAACGACUUAUGUAGGGACUGAAGAGGAGUCCUACUCCUACCGACCGUACGACAAACUGAAGCCGACGCACAAGAAAGCUCCCUCCUCGAUAUUCUCCGAAUCCUCAUACGCGGCCUCACAUACCACAUCUCAAACCACACCUCCCCCUUCGCAUCGAGGUCCGUACAGCACCAAAGAUCCCGAUAAGAUUGUUAUAAAGGCCGUCUAUGCAUUCAACAACGCCUUCCUGAAAACACCGACAUCACAAUUGGUCUCCGGAGUUGGCUCCGUAACGGACGGGCUCAUCCUCCGAAUCACAACCGAAGGUCUCUUCAUCGAUGAUGACGUCCGCGGCGUCCCACAGCGAGAGUGGGACGUCAAAGCAUGGACAAUGAAACUCGUAGAGGUAUGGUGUCCCUCCUUCCGCCAGGGUCCCGCUGGCCAUUCUGCUUCUGCGCGCGUUGCUUCCAACGGCUCCCCUCUCAAGGGAGGUGGCCGCCGUCUCUGGGGAUUGGAUAAGGAGAAGCCUGCCAGCCCCGAGGAGACCGACGCCUUGCUGGCCGACAUGCUCCAACUCUGCAAGAAUGAUUGUCGUCUUCGUGCUGCGUCUUCCGCGUCUUCAUCGUAUAGUUCUAGUUCCGCUUCUACGCGCGCUUCUGUUGUCUCUGAUUCCGCGUAUGGUUCUUCUGUUGGCUCGUCGUCGCCUUCUAGGGAUAAUGUGAGAACUGACAAACAUGGUGUGUCCUUCCAGACUGGAGAAUUGAAGACGGCGAGACUGCACGUCUUGAGGGCUAGCAUCAGGGAUCAAGAAGGGAAGAAGUAUGUGUUUGUAAUCACCGAGGAGGAAAGCUGGAAGGUUGCUGUUGGGCUGCAGCGGUUGAGAAAGGGUACGCAGGUUAGAGCGUUGGGAGUCAGUGGAAUGAGUGCAGGUGAUGCUCGAAGCACGUUGGAGAAUCUUGGGUGGGGAUGAGACGUUCAUUUUCCCUGAAGUGUGGAAUGCAAUCAUUGCUGUGCGAACGGAGCGAGCAGAAACGACUGGAUGUUAUGUUUUUUCUGGAAUGUGGCACGCAAAAGUCCUAUAUUGAGCGUAUGAGCGAUUGAGCGAGCGAAGCGGCAUUUACACACAUCAAUCAUGGCGACGGAGUUCAUUGUUUUAUUUUGUUUGAGAUGUUUGGAAGGUUGAAUAGAAGAUGUUAGAUUCUUAGUUCAUACCAGAUUAAGCAUUGUUAGCAUGGCAGAGAGUGUGAGAGAGAUAUAUAGGUGGAAAAGUCAUUCAUUUGGAGAUGGAUGAGGUGCACAUAAUUGAUGGAUUCACG